UUAAAAACCCAGUUAUCCUUCAGCACCUCUGGCUAUACAUUCAUUCAUUCUAAAAACACACACAGAAUUGUUGUACAGUUAUUCAUUUUGCGGAAAAAAAAAAUGCAAAGCUAUCACCUUUUGCAGGCAGUUUUAUACCUUUUCAUGCUGUUUCAUGCUGGUUUCAGUGCUGACAAUUCUGAGAAAAGCAGCACUUUAUGUAUUUGGACUAGAUCCACUUCAGGUGGGCAAAUACAGUAUGCAUUUCUCCACAGGACUCAGACAUCUCUUCUCUUGUAUGACAGCAUCUGGAACAAAAACAACAGCCUUUUUAGCUGCAUGACAAGUGAUGAGCAAUCUGUGAUUGAGAGUUACCUGUCCAGGUGCUGGGAAGACAGUUCUUUCUCAAAGAUGCUUGAUGAACGCUUUGACAUCAGUGAGCUGAUUGAUCCUCACGGCCCCUGUGAGGCUGCAGGCAUUACGGAGGAAUUUACAGCAUCUGUAUGGAGAGCCAGAGACCUGAGGAGUGUUGGACCUGAUGGAUUCGCACACCAGGACAGUGGAGAAAGCUCCACACAGACGCUGCACCGCUCAAAGCGAGCAUGGAUGAUUCCAGGGACUCUGUGGUGUGGCUCAGGAAAUAAGGCUAUGGCCUUUGGUGACCUGGGUGUCUUUGAAGAUACCGAUAAAUGCUGCAGAGAACACGACCACUGUAAAGACACCAUUGCUUCAUUUUCAUACGACCAUGGUGUCUUUAACACCAACAUCUUCACUUUAUCACACUGCGACUGUGACAACAGGUUCCGCCGCUGUCUCCUGGGUGUUAAUAAUACCAUGUCCAACCUUGUGGGCUACGGAUACUUCAAUGUGCUAAAGAUGCGCUGCUUUGAGUUCUCUCAGCGGAUGCAGUGUGCCAAGAGAACGUGGUGGGGCAUGUGUGCAAUUUAUGAACUUGCUCAAUACGCUGUGGUAAAAGAUGCAGCGAACUACACCGACACACUCCCAGACCAAGACAUGGAGGUGCUGGAAACGAGUUUUCACCAAGCAAUCACUCUGGGACAAAACCAGGUCACCAAAAACACAGACGAAUCUCCUACUAUACAAGGUCCCAGGAGCAGCAGUGAAGAACCGAGUCCAGUUUCGACAUCACCAGGGCCAUCUGUUAUGACACUGCAGUCCCGGAAAUCUGAAGCUUCCAUACUUCCAACAGACGCACCAAAUAUAACAACAGACAGACCACAAAUAGGCAAGUUUGAGAUGUGUGAGCUCUACAGAGACCUGGAUUCAUGCCAUCUACAGAUCCCUGCUUUACAGGAGAAAUUCGGUCUACGAAACCCUGGCAUGAGAACCCUUUACCACUGCAACUGUACUGCCAGGCUUGUCCAAAAGAUCUUGUCCAAAGAAUUGGAUGAAACUGACCCUGUGCAUUCGCUGUUGAUGGAUUUCGUAUCACAAUCCUGCUUCACCCUACCGCAGUCUGAAAACUGUGUCAAUGGAAAAAGUUGCUCAACUCAUCCACCAGAAACACAGUUUAUCCAAAAUUGGGGGAAAGACAUGACAGGAGGACGACAUCUAGUGGACUUCAAACGCAAACUCAAGAGGAUGAACCCUAAACGCUCCAAGAGGAAAGACUCUCCAGUCAGAUUAUAUAAGAAAUGCAUAAGGAUGCACACUAAACUGCAGAAACCUAGAGUUCCUAAACGGAAAGGGUCAUAAAGCCCGUUUCAACUUACCAAAGUGGCAAAAAACGUGCAAUGGUAAACAACAUCAAUACAAAUGCUCUUAUGAAACAGCUUAUGUAGCCUACAUUAGGAGUCAUUGGGGGAAACGCUUCCUUCUUUAACUCACAACCUGCCACAAAUGUACUUUUUGGUAUAAGAAGUUUGUGCUUAAAUAGCAUUGUGAACAUAUUUAUCUAAUUUUAAAUAUAGCUUAAUAUAAUAGGUCAGAGAGUGUUACAGCUAACGUUAGUCUACUUCAGUAUGGGGUAAUAUGGUACCAAUUGUAUUAGCUGCAAGAAAUAAUAUGCAUUUAAAGCCAACUUCUAGGUGGCAUAUAUAGUUUAAUUAUUUGAAACUGAUAUUCUGCCACAUACUUUAAUGAAAUAAUGCAUCGUAAACAUUUAAGUCAUAACUAUUUUUACAAUUGCCCCCACCCUCACAGCCAUGAUAAGACUGACGAGCUAGCGAUAGAUUCUUUCAUUCAUACUUUACCCCGCAAUCAAGUCAAGAGAUAAACUAGAUAUAAGUUUGAAUUCAAAGGCAUGUAAACUUUAUACAGCAGUACUGGACAUCUCAAAAUCAUUUUCAUACCCCAAAAUCGGUUUUCCGUUGUAUUUUUUUCCUCCUGAGUCGCAUUUCCCGCUUUUUCUCCUCAGGUAAAACAUGCGUUUGCGCAUGCGCUGAAAAUGUCACGAUAUGUUGUUACGAUAUUUUUUGGUCUCUACUAGCCUACCUAAGAUUGCACUAUAACUGAAUUUAUGUAAUAAGCAAAUGUUGUAAAUGUAUGUACAAGUGUAUAUAGCAUGUAAAUUAAUUAAUAAAAAUAUCUUUAUAUGA